CAGUCUCCGGAGGUCACAUUUGUAGGCUGCAUACGUCAUCAUAACAAAAUAUUAACAAUUAUAAACUUUUUUAUUAUUCUUAGUUAAUCUUAAAGUGUUAUAAUAUGCUUAAGACUUGCGAAAGUAAUGCUCAGUUAACUUAAAUAAACAAGGCUUGAUGACGUAUGCAGCCUGCAUAUGCGACCUCCAGAGACUGCAGCCUUCAGAUUGAGAAACUGCCUGAGAGAAAGAUGGCGACUGCAAGAAGCAAUGAGUUUCAGCUUGUUGUCCCUAAAACAGCUCAAGCAGUCACUAUUGAACUGGGGUCUGGAUUUACUGUACCAUGUCACCUGUCACCUGAAAUAAGUGCUGUGGACAUGGAGAUCAAAUGGUUUAAGGAGACAGAGUGUGUGUGUCUCUAUAAGAACAGACAGAUGAUUGAAGGGACGAGUUAUAAGGACAGAGUGAAUCCGUUCACUGAGGUGCUGGAGAGAGGAGAUGUUUCCUUAUCACUGAAAGUCAUCAGAGUCUCAGAUCUGGGAGAUUAUGUCUGUCAAGUCACCAGUGGAGACCAAACAGAGGAGAUAACAGUAAAACUAAAAGAAGAAAUACCAUUCUUUAAGGGGUUGGGUAUGAGGCACAAAUUACACGUAAAGAAGAUUAACAGAACCUGGAACGAAGAGGACAGAUUAAAUAUGGUGGUCUCUGCUUUAAUGUCAGAGUUAGAAAAAUACACAAUUCCUGAAGAGCUGAAAAGACUUUAUUCAGAGCGAGACAAACUCAUACAGAGGAAAGACAAUAUUAUCCUAGAGAGCAAACAGAUGCUUCAAAUGAAGGGCAUGGCAUUAAAGGAAAAGGACAAAUGUCUGAAAGACAUGGAAGAUAAACUGUUGGAAACAAUCAAAGAACUUGAGAAGACACAGAGUCAGCUUGAAGAGAAAGAGACACAAUUGGAUAAUAUGAACAAACUGAUGAGUGAGAAAGAGAGACUGCUGGAGAACACAGCCAAACAGCUGGAAACCAACCAACUUCAUCUGUACACAUUGAGAAAUGAACUACAGGAGAUGAAGAUACAACUGGAUGAACAGAAAACUAAAUUUAUUCAUCAGGAGAAAACACUGCAAGAAUACAAACAACGGCAGAAACAAUCUGAGCAAGAAGUAAAAUAUCUUCAUUCUGAAGUAAAGAGACUGAAAAAUGAGUCAUCUACACAUUUAGCUGAGCUAAAUGGAAAAUGCAAACGCUUAGAAGACACAGAGAAACUCCUAACUGAAAAAGAUGCACAGAUUAAAGAUCUUGAGAAGAGCAAACAAACAGCUUUAGAGGAAAAAGACAAACUUCUGGACAAAUCUAAUGAUAAACUACUACAAACAACCAGAGGGGUUGAGGAAAAACAAAAAGAGAUUGAGGAGAAAAAUAAACUGAUAAGUGAGAAAGAGAGACUGCUGGAAAACACAGUCAAACAGCUGGAAACCAGUAAACAUCAACUGGAUACACUGAGAAAUGAACUACAGGAAAAUAACAGCAAACUACAACUACUGCUGGAGGAAAAUAAACUACUGGAGAGUUCAGUGUCAACAGCACCGGUACGAAAAAGACAUUCUAGGGACUUUGAACCUCCAAACAUGAGUGGAGAAACAGCUUCAGUGUUGACUUCUGGAUCAGAGCUCAGGUUGGUUCUGCUGGGGAGUGCUGGAUCUGAGAAGAGUGCAGCAGUAAACAUCAUCCUGAACAGAGAGGAGAAGAUCCAGACUGAUACAUCAACAGAGAUCCAGCAGAGUGAGAGCAGACAGGGGGAGGUGAAUGGGAAGCAGGUGACUGUGGUGGAAACUCCUGACUGGUUUUGCUCUGGUCUCUCUCUGGAGGAGGUGAGACAGGAUGUGAAACUCUGUGUCUGUCUGUCUGCUCCAGGACCUCACGCCUUCCUCCUGAUCAUACCAGUACAACAAUCUACUGGAGUAGAGAAAGCGAUGCUGGAGAAAAUGGAGGAGAUUUUUGGGGAGAGAUGUUGGAGGAACACCAUGAUCCUUUUUACUGUUACUGAUGAAGAACAAAAGAAGAACAUUGAGGAUUUUGUCCAGUCAGGGAAUCAGGAGGUCCAGAGACUUGUAGAGAAAUGUGGGAACAGGUUUCAUUGUCUCAACAUUCAUCAGAGUGGAGAUGAUUCACAGAUCUCAGAGCUGCUGGAGAAGAUUGAGAAGAUGGUGGAAGGAAACACAGAGAAAUUUUACAGCAGUGAGAUCUACCUGGAGAUUGAGUCUCAGAUCAGAGCGAUGGAGAGAAAGAUCAUGAGAGACAGAGAGGAGAGAAAAGAGAGGGAGGAGAGAGAAAUUAAGGAAAAAUUAAAAGAACAGGUGGAGAACACAAUGAGAAGCAUAGAGGAAAUAAUUGAGCAACAUGAAGGAGACAUCAAACAACUUAAUGAGCGAACAGUUGAUCUAGAAAGACAGAUAAGAGACAAAAAAGAUAGAGAAGAAAAGCUAGAAUUAAAGAGAGAGUUGGAGAAAGAGGUGGAGAGGAGAACAGAGCUGGAGAGAAAUAUUAACAAACUGAAAGAUCAGAAAGAGAAAGAGAAGGGUGAGCUAGAGGAGAAACACAGACAGGAGAUGGAGAAGAUCAGGCAGAUAUAUGAAGGAGAAAUCAGGGUGAAGACAGAGAGAAACCUCAUGAAGAUCAUCCUACCUGAACUUCAGAGGAACAUUUUAGAUUCAAAGUUAAAGAUGCAGGAGGAGUUAAUGGAAGUGAAGAACAAAGAGAUCGAGACACUAAAAAAUAAUCUCUUAAAACUCAAGGAGAAUUACUCAUUAAUGUGUGAGUUUCAUGAAUCAGCAGUGAAGAUCCUGAAAUCCUCCGAUCAAACCAUCGAAGACAUGCGGAAGGCCGUCCAGGCAAUGGUGGCGAAGGUUUCCAGGCUCUCUCAGCGAUCUCCGAACAUCACGCCUCCCACUGCGCCACCCAUGCCGCCCGCACCAUCUUCACCUCCAGGGGGUAGUUUCAUCCAGGAACCGAGACUGCCGAUUCCGGAGAAAUAUGCCGCCCCGGACAUUCUCGCUCGAGGAGACCAAAGUGGCGUUCACGCUCUCGCUGCUCUCGGGCAAGGCUGCCCUCUGGGGGACGGCGAUGAGUUUCAGCUUGUUGUCCCUGAAACAGCUCAGAGAACUAAAGUUGAAAAAGGAGAUGAAUUCACUGUACCAUGUCACCUGUCACCUGAAAUCAGUGCUGUUGACAUGGAGAUCAGAUGGUUUAAGGAGACAGACUGUGUGUGUAUCUAUAAGAACAGACAGAUGAUUGAAGGGAGAAGCUACGAGGGCAAAGUGAAUCUGAUCACUGAGAAGCUGGAGAGAGGAGAUGUUUCCUUAUCACUGAAAGACUUCUGGUCAUCUGAUCUGGGAGAUUAUGUGUGUCAGGUCACCAGUGGAGUCAAAACAGAGGAGAUAACAAUAAACAGAACAUGGACUGAAGAGGAGAGAUUUAAAAUGGAGGACUCUGUUCUAAUGGCAGAGUUAGAAUACAGGAAUCCUGAAGAAUUGAAAAGACUUUUCACAGAAAGAAACAAACUCAUACAGGAGAAAGAAAAUAUUCUUUUAGAGAGCAAACAGACACUUCAAAUGAAGGAAAUGGCGUUAGAGGAAAAGGACAGACGUCUUAAAGACAUGGAUGAUAAACUGCUGCAAACAAUCAAAGAACUUGAAAAGACACAGAGUCAGUUUAAGGGGAAAGAGACACAAAUUGACAAUAUGAACAAACUAAUGAGUGAGAAAGAGAGACUGCUGGAGAACACAGUCAAAGAACUGGAAACCAGUAAACAUCAACUGGAGACACUGAGAAAUGAACUACAGGAGAUGAAGACACAACUGGAUGAACAGAAAACUAAAUUCACUCAUCAGGAGAAAACACUACAAGAACACAAACAACAGCAGCAACACUCUGAUCAAGAAAUCAAAAAUCUGCAUUCUGAACUAGAACGACUGAAAAGCGAGUCAUCUACACAUUUAUCUGAGUUGAAUGAAAAAUGCAAAUGUUUGGAAGAUACAGAGAAACUUCUAGGUGAAAGAGAGACACAAAUUAAAGAUCUUGAGAAGAGCAAAGAAACAGCUUUAGAUGAGAAGGACAAAGUACUAAAUAAAUCAAAUGAUAAACUACUACAAACAACCAGAGAGAUUGAGGAAAAACAAACAGAAAUUGAAGCGAAAAAUAAACUGAUGAGUGAGAAAGAGAGAUUGCUGGAAAACACAUUCAAAGAACUGGAAACCAGUAAACAUCAACUGGAGACACUGAGAAAUGAACUACAGGAGAUGAAGACACAACUGGAUGAACAGAAAACCAAAUUCACUCAUCAGGAGAAAACGCUACAAGAACACAAACAACAGCAGAUACAAUCUGAUCAAGAAAACAAAAAUCUGCAUUCUGAACUAGAAAGGCUUAAAAGCGAGUCAUCUACACAUUUAUCUGAGUUGAAUGAAAAAGGCAAACGUUUGGAAGAUACUGAGAAACUUUUAGGUGAAAGAGACGCACAGAUUAAAGAUCUUGAGAAGAGCAAAGAAACGGCUUUAGAAGAAAAUAACAAACUUCUAAAUAAAUCAAAUGAUAAACUAUUACAAACAACCAGAGAGAUUGAAGAGAAAAAUAAACUGAUGAGUGAGAAAGAGCGACUGCUGGAGAACACAGUCAAAGAACUGGAAACCAGUAAACAUCAACUGGAGACACUGAGAAAUGAACUACAGGAGAUGAAGACACAACUGGAUGAACAGAAAACCAAAUUCACUCAUCAGGAGAAAACGCUACAAGAACACAAACAACAGCAACAAUCUGAUCAAGAAAACAAAAAUCUGCAUUCUGAACUGGAAAGACUUAAAAGCGAGUCAUCUACACAUUUAUCUGAGUUGAAUGAAAAAUGCAAACGUUUGGAAGAUACUGAGAAACUUUUAGGUGAAAGAGACGCACAGAUUAAAGAUCUUGAGAAGAGCAAAGAAACGGCUUUAGAGGAAAAGAACAAACUUCUAAAUAAAUCAAAUGAUAAACUAUUACAAACAACCAGAGAGAUUGAAGAGAAAAAUAAACUGAUGAGUGAGAAAGAGAGACUGCUGGAGAACACAGUCAAAGAACUGGAAACCAGUAAACAUCAACUGGAGACACUGAAAAAUGAACUACAGGAAAAUAACAGCAAACUACAACUACUGCUGGAGGAAAACAAACUACUGAAGAGUUCUGAAGCGUCAGUCUCAACAGCACCAGUAAGACGACGACACAGUAAGGAGAUCGAUCCUCCAACAAUGUCAGCACCAGUAAGAAGUUUUGAAUUGGAUCUUCCAAACAUGAGUGGAGAAACAGCUUCAGUGUUGGUUUCUGGAUCAGAGCUCAGGUUGGUUCUGGUGGGGAGUGCUGGAUCUGAGAAGAGUGCAUCAGUAAACAUCAUCCUGAACAGAGAGAAGAAGAUCCAGACUGAUACAUCAACAGAGAUCCAGCAGAGUGAGAGCAGACAUGGGGAGGUGAAUGGGAAACAGGUGACUGUGGUGGAAACUCCUGACUGGUUUAGCUCUGGUCUCUCUCUGGAGGAGGUGAGAGAGGAUGUGAGACUCUGUGUCCGUCUGUCUGCUCCAGGACCUCACGCCUUCCUCCUGAUCAUACCAGUACAACAAUCUACUGGAGUAGAGAAAGCAAUGCUGGAGAAAAUGGAGGAGAUUUGGGGGGAGAGAUGUUGGGGGAACACCAUGAUCCUUUUCACUGUUACUGAUGAAGAACAAAAGAAGAGCAUUGAGGAUUUUGUCCAGUCAGGGAAUCAGGAGGUCCAGAGACUUGUAGAGAAAUGUGGGAACAGGUUUCACUGUCUCAACAUUCAUCAGAGUGGAGAUGAUUCACAGAUCUCAGAGCUGCUGGAGAAGAUUGAGAAGAUGGUGGAACGAAACACAGAGAGAUUUUACAGCAGUGAGAUCUACCUGGAGAUUGAGUCUCAGAUCAGAGCGAUGGAGAGAAAGAUCAUAAGAGACAGAGAGGAGAGAAAAGAGAGGGAGGAGAUAGAGAUGAAAGAAAAAAUAGAAAAGGAGGUGCAGAGGUCCAUGAGAAAGAUAGAGGGAGCGAUCGAGGAACAUGAAGGAGAUAUUCAACAACUUAAUGAGAGAACAGGUGAACUAGAGAGACAGAUGAGAGAAGAAAGAGAUGAAGAGAAGAAGAAAGAACUAAAGAGAGAGUUGGAGAAAGAGGUGGAGAAGAGAUCAAAGCUGGAGAAAAAGAUUAACAAACUGAAAGAUCAAAGAGAGAGAGAAAAGAUUGAGAUGGAGGAGAAACACAGACAGGAGAUGGAGGAAAUCAAACAGAUGUAUGCUGAAGAGGUCAGGGUGGAGACAGAGAGAAACCUCAUGAAGAUCAUCCUACCUGAAAUUCAGAAAAACAUUUCAGACUCAAAGUCAAAGAUGCAGGAGGAGUUUAACAGACAGAUGGAGGAGAAAAACAGAGAGUUAGAGACACUGAAAAAUCACUUCUCAGAACUCAAGGAGAAUUACUCCUCACUGUGUGAGUUUCAUGAAUCAGCAAUGAAGAUCCUGAAAACUUCCUAAAAUCCUGUUUUAGAAUUAUGUCAGUUGAUGUUAGAAGUGUGUGAUCAAAAUGAGUAAACUUAUCCAAUAUUGAUUUCUUGCAUUAUAAUGAGCCUAACAAAACACAUUGAAAGGACUUUGUAAGUGCUUCAUAUACAGUAAGAUGGUCUCAGAUGAUAAUACUGUUAAAGAAACUGGACAUUCUUCACUGUAAAUAUUUAUAUAAAAGUACAUUUACUGAUGUCUUAUAAUGAAAUGUAUUGAAAUUUUGUAUAUUUGUGAUUCAUUAAAUAUUUAUUCCUUCGUUUUGAUUUAUUAUAGAACUACUUUAAACAAGCAUGUUCUCAUUGUGUUUUGGUAAAGUAUUGGUUAGUUUAAGAAAUAAUAAAUAUAAAGAUGAAAGUGAUGGAUCCUACACAGACCUUGUGAAAGUGUUCAUACAGCAUGUGUUCAUAAUAUUUAAAGUUUACCAAAGCUGCAGUCAAUAUAUUCUGCAUGGAAUUGAUAUAACAGUUUUGUUAUAGUAUAAUGGCCACAAGGUGGCGCUAAGUCUGUCUUGUUUAUCAGCAAUGUAAUUCAUGUGAAUAUUGGCUUUACAGCGGUAAAGUGCUGCCAUGUAAGUUUGUAUAUAUUCACCUCUUCAAUAACAACAUCUAUCUUUAACAAAAGAUAUCAUCAAACACAUUUUAACCUUUUACUAUGUCUCAUUUUUAAACACAAUGAGUAAACUUUGAAACAUUUCAUUUAAAUAGUUUCUGGAUACUUUUAUGCAGGUGGAAGCAGCUUACAUUUCUGUACUUAGCACUUGUACAGAGAUAUUAGUGUAUUUGGUCAAUGUAGCAAUAUUUCUUCAGUAUUUCAUCACCUGUUACAAGUCAUGCUGAUCUGAGAUCAAGACAAGCUUUGUUUUUAAA